AUGGUUGUAGAUCCCGUUACAUUUCCAAUUCUCAAUGUUGGCAACCAAGUUAAUCACAUAGUUGACAAUGUUGGUAACGUCAUUGUUGGUGACGUAGUCAACGUUGGCAACAAUGUAAUUGGAGGUGUAAUCAACAUUGGCAAUGAUCUUGUAGAUAGUGAUAUGACCAACAUGGUUUAUGGUUUAUCUGGCAUAGUCUUUUCAGAACACAGCAACAAAAUGGGUAAAUUAGCUUUCUUACUCGCUGCAACUGCCGUCUUGUACUUGAGCAACCCUGUCAAUGGUCAGUUUGGUGGUCUUACAUCAAUUGCAAAUGGACUUACCGGAGGACUUGCCGGUAGUGUAACCAGUGGAAUCACCGGUGGUAUUUCCUCGGUAACCAGUGGAGUCACUAAUGCACUCACCGGUGGAGUAUCUGGUACCAUAACCAAUGCUAUAUCCAGUGUGUUUUCUGGGGGCAUCGUAGGAAUGAUUCAAAACGGUGCUAGCACCUUCGGUAAUAUCGUCAAUACGAGCCUUAACGCAGGCAUAUCCGUUGUUGGUGGUGCAGUCAAUACUGUUUUCGGCUCGUUUGGAGAAGUCUUCAGCGGCAUGUUCAUUCAAGGUGUUGUACAAUUCUUCUCAACUGUUAUUGCCACAAUUGUUAGCGUCAUCAGGGCCAUUGUUCUUACCUUAGUUGAACAAUUGAUUAGCCUUUUCACAUCCCUUUAUUCCUUAAUCAUGUACAAUAACUAACAGUAAAUAAUGUAACAAUUUCUGUUUUGUUAAAAAUAUCUCAAAAUGUCAUCGAAUAAAAUUGUUUUCUGGUAAUAAAA